AUGGGAGCCGACCUGAGCACCGACUUCGGGGAAUACCCCGUGGAGCCAGCGGUCGCGCCCGAGCCCGAGCCCAAGCCGAUCCUCAACCCGUACGAAGCGUACAUCCAGCAGCUCGAGCGUGAGCUGGAGAAGUACAAGGCCAAGGAGAAGCAGGCCACGGCGAAGCUCGCCAAGGAGACGCUCAAGUGGACCAAAGAGAUCGAGGCGCUCAAGCGCCGGCACCAGGCUGAGCUCGAGCUCUACGCCUCAGAGGCCAAGGACGCCCGGCGCUUGAGUGACGCGGCGGCGACCGUCGACACCAACGCCCAACGCCUUGCCGACGAGCGCGCGAUGCAACUUAUGCAGCAGCGACUCAACUCGGUCAUGGAAGUCGACGACGCCACCUUCGAGUACAUCUCGGGUCCUCUCGGCUUCAAGCCAGCAGACUUCCCAUUCGCGUCGCUCAAGCCUGGCCGGCUCCCAGGCGGCACGCUCGUGCUGCGCAUCCAGCUCGAGGAGAGCUUCAAAGGCGACGAGGACGUUCUUCUGCGCUUCAAGAAGACCCUAGCCACCAUGCAAGUGCUCAACGGCGGCGACGGCACGCUCCUGCGCCUCAUCGGCGCCAGCAACCUCGACUCGGACGACCCGAUCGCGUACGUCGAGUACGUCACGGGCAUGACCCUCAGGGCGUACCUCAUGGACAAGCAAGACGCGACGUGGCCCGAGAAGCUGUGGAUUGCAGUCCAAAUCGGCAAGGCCAUCGUCCAUAUUCACAACCUCGCCGUCAUGCACCGCGACGUCUCGUGGUCCCGCGUUUUCGUCGAUGCGACUGCCAACGUCAAGGUCUUCACUGGCCUCAAGGUGCGCCAGGUCGAGCCCACGAAAAACAGCCAUUUCACCUCUGGUAUCUCGGAAGCUCGGUGGGGCGCACCCGAGACACUGCCGGAGCCUCAAGGCGGUGAGAACGGCGAGCUGGACAGCGACAGCGCCACGACGUACACGGACAAGAUCGACAUUUUCGGCCUCGGUCUCAUUUUGAUCUCGCUCGUGACGCGCGACGUCCCGUUCGGCUACGUGUUAAAGACCUCUGGGCGACGGACUCCCAUCGAUGACGACCUCGUCACUACCUGGCUGAAGAAGCGCGAGACGGCAAUCCCGAUGCUGACGCAGUCGUUCGACGAUGACUACGCAUGUCCGUCCGAAGAGUACAAGAAGCUCGCGUUGGAGUGCAUCCAGUUCGACCCCGAACUUCGGCCGACGGCGCCCGAGGUCGUCCGCCGGCUCGAGAUGAUCCGCCAAGCGUACGGCGGCGGCGGCUUUACCACGCCCGACCUCGACAAGGUCGACCUCAUGAUCGCGCCCGUCAAGACCACCGGCGCGCUCCACGAACCGCAUUUCGGGACUGCGUACGACGUGUGGUGCGAGAUCAACAUCGACGAAGCGAGCCGCAAGCCGGUCACGACGUCCGUUGCCAACGGCGGCGCUUCGCACAAAUUUGCCCCGCAGUCGACGACGCUUGCCAGCAUUGAGCCGCUCGUGCACACGCUCGUACUUCUCUUCAAGACAUCGACCGUGCUUCGCACCAAGACGAUCGGGAAGGUUACGAUUCCGCUCAUGGAGCUCCUCAAACUGGAAGGCGACGAAGUAAGCUUGACGGCGGUGCGGACGAAGAAGUACCCAAUCGUCCACGAAGGCGACCCCGUCGGUGUCUGUGAGUUCAAGAUAAUGUUCGGGUCGCGCCUUCGCGGGUACCUCGAGCUUUACGAGCGGCAGACGACCGAGUACUUGCGCAACAACGAAGACGGACCGUCGACGCUCGAUCUCCGCAAGAAGCGCGAUGUGGCCGCCGAGGCCUUGCUCAGCGGCGCGCCGUAGUUUGCAUCGCUGUGAUUCGUAUCAACUUGAUAAUAAGGUCAUGUAGUUUGCAUCGCUGUGAUUCGU